AUGAGUAAAAACGGCGAAUUUUUCGAUGAUCUGAAGAGAAUAUUCGACGUAUUAAACUCACAACAAAAGAAAGCAGAUGAGUCUAAUCAAAAAACAAAGGAAGAUAAAAAAGAUUCAUCAAAAUCAAAAAUUAAAUCGAAAAAACAGCAAAACACGAAACCAAAACAAGUUAAAAAGAAACAACAAAAGCCAAAACAUCCUAAAUCUAAUGAAGAAAGACUUCCAGCAGAAGAUAUUACAGCAUCAGUUAUCACCCAUAACUUUGCUUUGUUUAUUGCUGAAAAAAAUUGUUUGCAUGCACUAAACACAUUACAGCUUAGAAGAACAUUCAAACUUUGGAAGUCUAACCUACGCAAAUCGUUAAUUCAAAAAACGAAGCAAGAAAAAAGAUCAAAUCAAGACAAGACCAGUGCAACUACGAAUAAGAAGCAAAGGUCACAACAAAUGACUAGGAAUGAUAAUCAUAGAAAUGCGGAAAAGACAGAUAAUUUAGAAUACGGUGAACAACAAACUAAAGAGAGACAACAAGUUUCUAGAAAGACACAACAAUCUACAAAGGCAAAUGUUGAACGCGUAGACAUCGAUACAGAAAGGAAUCAAGGAGAAGUUGAUGAUACUGUUAAUUUCCUUAUUCAAGCUUUUAACAGACUUCACUCUCUUUCAGAGUCUGGCGAGUCCACCAAUACAAUGGACGACACAACUUCAGAAUCAACAAAUCAAAAAUCAAUUUCAACUCCUUAUCAAGGAAUUAACACAACAGAUACUUUUGGAGAAGAAUAUGACUCUUCCAAAGCUGUAACUCGCCUUGAAUCCGAUGAUAUUGAAUUUUCUCACGAUUCUGCUCCAGAAUUCGCUUUUGAAGACUCUAGUAGUAACAUUACGAUUUCAGGGCCUUUACACUUUGAUUCAUCUCAGAUUAAUUCAUCUUCUCAGUCAAGUAAUUCGCCUUUAAAUCAAAAAUACCAAAAUUCAAAUGAAAAAGUUAAGAAAGUAUCAGCUCAAACACAGUACUCAGUUCCAGGUCUUUAUGAUACCGUUGAUUCACCAAAUUCUAACAAAUCCAAAGAAUCAACUCCUAAAUCUCAAAAAUCUCAAGAAGAUUCUUCACCACAAACAUCACCAAUAGUCAAACAGUUAUUUUCCCCAACUCAGAGGAAGAGCAGAGUCGACGAACUCAAUAAAAUAAUUGAACAAGAAAAUAAAGCCAAAUCCAAGCAGAAUAUCAAGCCAAAACAAGAUGUCAAACAAGAUAAAACACCAAAGGAGGAAAAGAAAAAGCCAGAAGCCGUUGAGGAAGAAGAAUCAAAUGAAGAAGAAGAAAUUUCUCAUGAAGAAGAGGAAGAACCUAAGCUUAUCACAUCAAGUAUCUCAACUGAUGACCUUUCAUCCGAAAAUGCUGAUCAAAGCGAGACACAAAAUGAACAAAAAGAAGAUGAAGAAGAAUCUGAAAAACUUUAUGAUACAGAUGACAUAACAUUUACAGAUACAGUAACAGAUUCAAUCAAUACAUCGGACUUAAGGUUUUCACAAGUCGAUUCUACCUCAGAAAAACCACAAGAAACGAAAUCCAACAAAAAACCGUCAAAAUCCUCUCAAAAUGAAGAAGAGGAAUUUUUUGAGGAAGAUGAAGACGAAAAAGAGGAUACAGAUAAUUUAGGAACAACCGAACACAUACUUGAAGAUACUGUCAACAUAGAAGAGACAGAAAAUCAAAAUGAAGAGGAAGAUUUUGAUGAUUCAUUUUCUUUCACAUCCUCAGGCACUGAAGAAGAAAACAACGAUCAGAAAAAGAAAUCUAAGUUCGUAGAUCCUGUUUUAUGCAAAGGAAAAACAAUGGAACAGUUUGCAUUAGACGAUUCGGGAUUUACCAACGAUUAUUCUAUUUCUGAGGAAACUGACGAAACAAAGAACAAACAAAAUCAAUCAAAUAUGAACAAAAAAGAGAAAAGUCCUUUAAUUAUCUCUGAAUCUGACGAAAACAAGAAAGUUUAUGAAACGACCAGCGACGAUUUCGUUCCGAACUAUAAUAAUUUCUUGAAACCAAAGUCUCAUCAUCAAAAAGUAGAAGAAAAUAAAGCUGAAGAAGAAUCAAUUAAUGAUUCAUUUGAAUUUACAUCUUCUGAUAAAUAUGAAGAAGAGGAAGAAUAUGAUGUCUUUUAG